AAAAAAAUAAAAUCCAAUGGCAGAUGUAUGAAUCACCUAAUUUAAAAAUAGCCUAUCAAAAUUGUUAUGUGCAUUCUUUGUUGUCCUUAGUGGUUCAGUUACUUCUCUUUUUUGCAUAAUUGUGCAAGGACUUGUGAUAUUACAUCAAAAAGUAACAGUUGCUCUUUUAUUGUAUUUAGCCUUUAAAGCCAUACCUAGUUAACUUUGGAAAGUUUUGUUUGCUAUUUUUAUGGUAUUUUGUGGAUUCGAAAUUGUUAAUUGUGUACUUUGCAUAGUAGGAUGUAUUCAUUGUUUUGGAACUCCAUUUUCAGUUUUUAUUUUAUAUAAUAUUAUUAGGCAUAUUAAUCAGGCAGCACAUGGGUUGAUUCUUUUCAUAAAAUGGUAUUAGAACCAAGUUGUGAUUUUGAAGGGAAAAUAAGUGAAGUUUUAAACAAAGCCUUUGCACGUUGAUUAUAAUUAUUACAAAUUGCACC